ACCGAUUCUUAUUUUAUAUAGUCGAUAGUUUUGGAGACGUUUUUGUCGGUAAAUAUAUAUUUUAUAUAUUAAAAUGACGAAGAAAUACAUAGUUGCGAUAUUCAUUGUUGCUGUUUGUUCUCUAACGAGAUCAGUAUCAGCAACGAACGUGCAGCUGCCAGCAGUGUACCCCCUCGUGAACAUACUUCUACCCCUUCUGAAUAACGUGUACAAUCUCCUUCUAUCUCUUCUAUCAAUCUUCGAUUCCCUACCGCCAGCUAUAAGCUGUCUCAUUCCAGUAGACCUAUCAGCUUUGGAGACAUCAUUGCUCAAGCUGUACUCUCAAGCGCUGGCAAUCGUUAACUUCUUGAGAUCCUUGCCUGAAUAUGCUAUCGGAGCGAACCCAAAAAGCCCAUCAGCUGGUGUCACCAGUGUACAAGGUCUCCUUACGAGCCUGGUCGGAGCUAUCACGGACCUCACAGACGAUGUCCUCAUUGGUAUUGGCGGUGGUCUUCUGCCAGGUCUACUUCAGCUCGUGGUCUGUGUUGUCACGGCCUUGCUUAACUUGUUACUUUAAUCCAAUCCAAAUUGGUAAUGAUACGUGUUAUUUUUAGUUAUACUAAAAU